AUGUUCCAUUGCGCCCUAGAGCAAGUGCUUGACACAGACGAUUUGGAGGAUCAAGACUCGAAAGUGGCACGCUGGCAACAUGGUAAGAAAGCGGAAUACAAGACCGCGGGCAUCGCGGGCGCGGUCGUCGCCUCUGCCGUAACGGGCUCAUUGCAAUGGAGCAACGCCACUGAAGCCCACUGGCUCGUGAGAGCUACCUGGGAUGGUAGCCUGAUAUUCAGUCUAUUCUGCGUCAUUAUUGCCUUUCAUCUCAGCAUAGUGAUCAAUACCGCAGAUAUUCGAGUGGGCGGGAAGAAGGAGCUCAUGGAAUCCCUUAGGGGAGAUUCUCAAUCUUCGUCAAGCAAGUUUGGAUUGUUCAUCUUUCAAACUCCAAUUCUGCUUCUUAGCUACUCUAUUAUGUCUUAUCUCAUCGGUUUGACUCUCUUGGUGGUUAGCCCUCUGUGGAAUCAUCCGUCAGUAGAUGAGAUGCAGAUUGCAUCCACAUUCAUCCCCCGUCCGCCAACAGCGCCUGCGACGAGGGCCAGCGGGAUGGGCGACUUGAAGACCCGCCUCUCCACGCUGCUGAGAAGGCGCUCCUCCAACUCCAGCAAGACGUUGGGCUCGCUGAAGUCGACGGCCUCUAGCGGCGAGCCACCGGCGGCGCUACCUCAUCCGCCAAACCGCCGUUCCUCGUCGCUGAAGCUACCAGACGUCUCCACCAACGCCGUCGAGCACGACGACGACGCCCACAACCUCGAGCACUCCGGAACUCUGUCCGCCAGGAGCCAGCCAUCUCCCGCUUCCGACGUCGGCCGCGGCACCGACAGCCUCAAGUCAAAGGACCGCCCCACGCUCGCUGAUUCCAUCGCCGAAGAAGCACCUGCAGCAGACGCGCAUCCCCCAGUAGCACCGGGCCUGCCGGCUGUGACCCUCGAGGAGCCCACGCCGAUACCCAUUCCCGCCCAAUCCGCGAGCUUGAAAACAAAUCAAUUGCAGCUGGAAGACGCGGAGACUCUGGGCUCAGACGUCGCAACCCCCCUCCGCAGCCGCGCUCCCAAAGGCACAAAAUCGCAUCAACUAGAGCCGCCUGCCAUCGUCCGCCGACAAUCACUCGUGACGACCUCAAAUGCGCGCAUAAUAAAGACUCUUCUUGACUCCGAGCACCAGCCAGAGUCUGCCAGCAUUGCCCUUGGACCCGCCUCCCAGGACUACUUCGCCGCUGGCAACUCCACCUUCUCCGCAGGCAUGCUUCAUCGGAAGGUCUGGGUUAAGCGGGCGCACGCGUCGGCUACACUGGUGCAGGUACGGGAGGAUGAUUUGGUUGAUGAUGUGCGGGAGAUGAUAUUGAAGAAGUAUGCAAAUUCGCUGGGGAGGAACUUCGACGCCCCCGACGUUACCCUGCGUAUCUUUCCCCGAGAUGCAACCCAGAAAUCUGGAGAUCGCGUGCUGGGGCCUGACGAAGAGAUGUGCCGUACCAUCGAUGCGUACUAUCCCGGCGGCCAGACUGUUAACGAGGCUCUUAUUAUAGACGUCCCUCACAAGCGGACACCCCGCCCGUCGCCACGAGCGGUACAACAAGGCAUUCCCUACUACUAUGACCAGUCGAACCCUAUUGAGAAUGCUGCAGAAUACUUCCCGCCGAUGCCUGUAGUUAACCCUUCACCAGCCGCAUUGACGAACGCUUCUCACGACAGCCGGGCUUCAAUGUCUCAUGUCCCACAGCAACACUCCAUAUCCAUCCUCAACACUGGCCAGCUACCCCUAAUACCAUCGCCAGGAGGUACCCGUCGUGGCCAUCACUCGCUACGACCAAAAUACCCUCGACAAAAUACCGCAUCUCCAACAACAAUGCCAAACUCGACAGCCUCUCUGAGCUCGUCCGCGCGCACCAACAACCGUCCUCGUCAUGACUCCACCGCCUCAGAAGCUAAACACCCUGCACACGCUAUUGUUCCCAUAUCGACUCCUCCAGCUGCUGAGGGGGCUCCUUUGAUAAAGCAAGGGUCUUCCCCGCCAACACCUCGCGUUUCAUCGCCUCGACCCAAGGGUCGCAAGAAGAAAGGAACUGGACUGGAUACUCCCUCACUACCUUCAGGCCUGCUCGAUGGCUCUGUGCCUCCUAUAAACGUUUUGAUCGUGGAAGAUAACAUAAUCAACUUGCGAGUUCUGGGAGCCUUCAUGGAGCGACUGAAGGUCCGGUGGCAGCGUGCCAUGAACGGGCGGGAAGCUGUAACAAAAUGGAGGUCAGGAGGCUUUCAUCUUGUUUUGAUGGAUAUUCAAUUACCCAUCAUGAAUGGGCUGGAGGCGACAAAAGAAAUCCGGAGACUGGAGAGGGUAAACAGCAUAGGUGUUUUUAGCAGUGGAAACCACGUGGCUCCAAAUCUGGGCGAAGAGAAGGAGAUUCCCGCGGAAGAUAAGCUGGCCGAUGGACUGCUAUUCAAGAGUCCGGUGAUUAUCGUGGCGCUCACGGCGAGUUCGUUGCAGAGUGACAGGCAUGAAGCUUUGGCGGCUGGGUGUAAUGACUUCUUGACAAAGCCCGUCAACUUCGUCUGGCUCGAGCGCAAAGUCAAAGAAUGGGGCUGCAUGCAAGCCCUGAUCGACUUCGACGGCUGGCGCAAAUGGAAAGACUUCGCCGCGCAAUCCGACAACUCAAAGAGCACCUCGAAACUCACCUCGAGCUUUUCCAUCAACACGUCCAAAAAAUCCAAGGCCGGCUCGAAUCUCAGCCCGAAUUCUGCCGGCAACCUAGCAAACGGUGUUAACGGUUCUUCUCCUGCCACCGCGGCAGCGGCUGCCGCGAGCAAAGCGAAGAAAAAGGAGGAGGACAAGAAGAAGAGAGACAGCAUUGGCAUGGGCGGGCCGGUUGUCGAGGAGAAGGAGUCGGAAUCCCCGAGUCCGCUUGAUAGCUCGGGGGAUCUGACGUAA